GGCAGUGGGUGUAUACCCAUAUAUAAAGAACAGCUCUUCCUCCCAUAUUCUGUACGUUUAAGCCUGUUUAUAUUUGGUCAAAAUCUCGCUGUACCCCCUUCACAAUGGCCCGCCUCUUCAUUGUACAAAUCUUUCUCGCCCUCACUGUUAUUGUGACCGCAAGCUCCCUUUCGCCUCGACAAUCCUGUGGAACCUCAUAUUACUACUGCUCAUCCACCAGCGGCGGCUCUUCUGGGUCUGGCGGUGGCUCUUCUGGAUCUGGGGGAGCCUCAGCGGCAGACUGGAUCGCUAACGGUGCUAUCAUUGAUGGUUUUAUCAACGCUGGAAGUUACAUUAAACGCUCCCUCCAUUUGCGACAGGAGGAUGGGGCGUUGUGUUGUCGAAGUGGAACGGAAUGCGGCGUCCUAGGCGACGACAACAUCCCACUCUGCUAUGACUCGCAAACAACAAAGUUUACAUUCGCUGACGGUUCAUACGGUUAUACCAGCACGAGUAACUACUACGAUACUGAAGGCAACGUAAUCAAUUUUGAGACUGGAGAUUACACCCUCGCCGAUGGCACACUUGGGAACGUGUUCGUUGAUAAUGGGGAGGCGCCACCGGCAACAGCUACGAAUACAGGGGUUGUCGACAGCGUGUCUAUUCCUUCUGCGACGAAUACGGUGAAAACAAACGACGGGCCAUUCGCUACCGGAACGGUGAAUCAACAGACGAAGCCUAGUGAGGGUUCUGGUGCUAGUUUUAGGAGGGGAUAUGGAGAUGCAAUGAUAGGGAUAGUUGGGGGGUUAGCAUUGGGGAUUGUGCUUUAAAGCACGCACAUUUGGAAUAGUAAUUAGUAGAAUACCCAGUUGGAGUUGGGUGUGCACAUUUGGAG